AUGGAUCAGUGGAAUACCCCUGAAUAUUCUCCAAAGCACCUUCCCUCGACGCUUGGAGUCGAAAAUGUAGCGGCAAAAAGUGAUGUACCUGAUCGAGUGCUCUCGCUAUCGGAUGCACCGACCCAGUCUACAUCGUAUUCCAGUGGGGUAGAUCUACCCAAGAAUUCUCAAAGUCAAAUUGCUGCAGUUCCUGAUGAUGAUGAAAAAGAUUCUUGGGAGGAUCUUGACGAUACGAAACUUGAGCAACAGGUGAAAGCAAUGAAGCUUGAAGUUGCUGCCAAAACCACGAAACCUCGUAUUAAUUAUUUUGCCGCACCAGUUACGCGUUCUCCGCCAUGGGACCCAUCGUAUUGGGGCAAUGCAUCGGUAAAAUGGCUGGAGCGGAAAAUGGUUUUUGUUGUAUUUGCGAAUGAACGGCAAGCUCGAGACGCGCUUGUUCUUCAUAAACAUCAGUGGCUGCGUCUUCGACCACUUUCAAAAUCUCCGGCAAAUGUUCAGGAAAAAGCUAAAGAAAUUCAGGCUCAGUUGAGGCCAGCUAGGGCUCGUCCGAAAACUAAUGCAGUUGUUGCUCGUCGUAUGGUGGAGCAUACUCUUGGGUUACGUUCAUCUGUAUCCAAGGAGCAGCGCGAAGCAGAACGAAAACAGCUGUCAGAUGCAAGAGCUGCAAAGAAGAACUCUGGCCACUGGGACGACUAG